AUGCGGACAGUGCUGCCCGGAAACCUCCCUUUGGGCUCCCUGCUCCAUCCUCGCACGCGGAAGGUGCCCGGUAAGCGACAAACGCCUGACGGACAGAGAGGAUGCUUUAUCCAGACAUAGAGCAAAGUUAGUAGCUAUGAAGGAUGCAUCACACAGAUUUAUUUUCUCACAUUCUUUGCAGUGUUGGACAUCUUUCGCCUGACAUUGAUGGCCUGUGACCACUCUGUGGCCAUCUGCCACCCCCUGCACUGCACAGUCGUCAUGAACCGCUGGUACUGUGGACCGCUGGUACUGAUGUCCUGGAUCAUGAGUGUCCUGAAUUCCUUGUUACAAAGCUUAACAACAUUACGACUGUCCUUCUGCACAAACGUUGAAAUCCCCCACUUUUUCUGUGAACUCAGUCAGAUGAUCCAACUUGGCUCUGACACCCUUCUUAAUAACAUACUGAUGCAUUUUGCAGCUGUCCUGCUGGGUGGCGGUCCUGUUUUUGGUAUUUUUUGUUCAUAUUCCAAAAUAAUUUCCUCCAUACGUGGAAUUUCAUCAGCUCAGGGGAAGUAUAAAGCAUUUUCCACCUGUUGGAGGCACCCAGGGGAGUCCUGGCACUGCAGACCCCAGCAGCCUGGGAUCCCGAAUGGCUGCGUGGAGCACUCGCCGUCCGAGCCCGAGUGUGUCUACUGCAGCCGGAGCUACCUGAGCGAGCAGGUCGUCAGUCGUCCCCACACCCUCCAUCCCCCCACCCUCCGCAUCAGCAUCACAGUCUGA